GCGCAUUCCAGGGACCAGUAUUAUGAACCCCGCAUUCUCGAAGCGCGGCUUUCAAAUCCUCUCCGUGGUAGCACUCGCUAUCCUGCUUCGCCUCGGAGUGUCAACACAGUUUUUCCUACUGACUGAAUUUUUCUCUUCACCUCCAAGGGCGGCCUUUGACCACAUCGAACCGCAUCAACCAUGGGAUCUCAAUACAUCUCCCAACCCUAACAACACAGGACACUUGGUCUUCAAUGUCGCGAGCUCAUUGCUACAAAACUGGCCGAAUACGCGUUAUCGUAACGGCCACACGGUAGUCCCUGGAACAAUCCCUCCCAACACCCUCCUCUACCACGGCCGCUCCAACUCUAACUUCCCCAACGGAUCCGAUUGGACAUCCGUGGACCCCGAACAUUCUUACCUCUUCUGUCGAUUAAGAGAAGAAUGUUGGCAUCUUACACUAGUCACCACGCGUACCCUUCGAGUCUUAUAUUUCGACGGAAGCUCAGCGGUCAAGAUGCGCGGUGGAUCGAUGGAUACACAGGAUCUAUUGAUCUGGGGGGAAGCGAGGGAUGAUAAAGCAUUCCAGGAAGAAGAGAGGUUAGGACUGUUAUGUGAGAAUUGGGGUAAGGAGUUUCAUUUGGAUGGGUUUGUUAGGAUGGAGAUGGACUUCGAGGUUAUGCUUUGUGACAUGUCACCUAGAGGAGGGCUUGAAACCAUCUCUUUCGUACGACUUCAUGCGCCUCCCCAAACACCGGAAGAUAUCCAGCUUCGGAACUUUGAGCUUGUUCAUUCAACCUCCCAGCAUAAUCACUACCCAGGAGAAACAAGGGUGAAGCUGGACCUCUCAAGGCUCGUUACUUUGUACGACACUGCACUUUGGCUGCCAUCCACACCAGCCCCGUUGGAAAGCGACAGAUUUGACCAUCGUGCAGCGAGUCCUUGGAUGGACGUGGAGGCGUUCCGGAGACGCGUUAGAGACGCGUUAGGAGAGGGAAGAAGGGAAGAGAAGAACAGCGGUGUUGACUGGAGCGCGUUGAUGAAUGUGAUCCUCAAGCGGUAUGGAACGAGGCUGGAGACGUUGCGAUAUAUUUUGGAUCACCGACCGACCUCGCAACUGGAGCUGGGGGAUAUCGCUGCGAAGGCCUUUACUCAGCUCGACGUGAUGAUGACACCGUAUAUUAUGGCUGAUGCCAUUCAUCACCGUAACUCCUCUUCUAAUACGGAUUGGGAAUGGACGUCGUCGAUAUAUGAGAUGUGUAGCAACUCGCAUACUGACUUCAUCAGGAAGCUAGACCGUAGUCUGACGCAGUCGGAACGCUUACUCUUGAAAGCCAUUCGAGAGACGACGAGAGAAAUCUGUAGAGUGUUGGUAAAGGCAUGGGGUCUUGGUUGUCUGCGUGGGAUAUCUCAGAACUCGCAUACUGCAAACGACAUUGUGAAUACAUGGAGAGAAGAUAUCGCCGGGUUGAUGCAGUGGCUUGAUUGGAGUUUGUGGGUCAGAUGUACCCCUCAGUGUGGGGUUGACGAACUGUGCUAUCUCCCGACGUGGCCCUUUUUUGGAGGCCCUCCACCUGCGGAUGUGUAUAUACCCGAGGAUAGGAAACCGACGGCUGAAGAGGAAAAUCGGUGGAGGAAGCCGAGUCCACAAUGUAUCAGUAGGAUUGCACCGUAUGAAUUGUGA